ACUCCAUUUAAUCCCCAAUUCCAUUAACAAUGGUCGACGUCGACUGUCGCAUGUCCGGCCUCAACCCGGCCCAUCUCGCCGGCCUUCGCCGCCUCUCCGCCCGCGCCUCCUCCUCCGCCCCCUCCACCCCCCUCCCCCCUCGCCACAGCCUCUUCUCCUUCCGCUCCCUCGCCGACAAGCUCAUCUCCCACCUCAAAUCCUCCGGCGUCCCCGUCCUCCCUGGCCUCACCGCCGCCGAAUUCGCCGUCGCCGAGGCCGAAUUCGGCUUCUCCUUCCCGCCCGACCUCAGAGCCGUCCUCUCCGCCGGCCUCCCCAUCGCCCCCGGCUUCCCCGACUGGCGCUCCCCCUCCGCCCGCCCCAGCCUCCGCGCCUCCAUCGACCUCCCCACCGCCUCCGCCUCCUUCCACGUCGCACGCAAUUCCCUCUGGUCCAAAUCGUGGGGCCCGCGCCCGCCCUCCCCCGAGAAGGCGCUCAAAUUAGCCCGAGCCGCUCUCAAGCGGGCCCCGCUGCUCAUCCCGAUCUUCAACCGCUGCUACAUCCCCUGCACUCCUUCCCUCGCCGGAAACCCCAUCUUCUACGUCGACGAGAAUCGGAUCUUCUGCUGCGGAUUCGACCUCUCCGAUUUCUUCGAUCGCGAAUCCAGUUUAUUUCGCGAUCAAAUCUCAAUUAACCAAUCCGUAGAGAUCGAGAAAUCGGCUGUGUUUUUGAAUUUAAACAAUCGGAGGAGCCUCGACGCCGGUGGUAGGACGGCGCGGUGGGUGGAGUUCUGGAGCGAUGCGGCGGCGGAUCGGCGGCGGAGGAGCUCGAAUUCGUCGACUUCCUCGCCGGAGAGAUCGAGAUCGGAGGAGCCGGAGUGGGUGGGGGAUUACGUGGCGCAGAUCGGGGCGGUGCUGAGGGAGGGUGGGUGGGGGGAAGCGGAGGUGGCGGAGAUCGUGGAAGUGUCGGCGGCGGGGUUCUUCGAGGAGGGGAUGGUGAUGCUGGACAAUCAGGCGGUGCUGGAUGCGUUGCUGGUGAAAGCGGAUCGGUUCUCGGAUACGCUCCGGAGAGCCGGAUGGAGCUCCGAAGAGGUCUCCGAUGCGUUGGGGUUUGAUUUUAGGGCGGAGAAGGAGCCGAAGCCGCCGGUGAAGCUGUCGCCUGAGCUGGCCCACAAGAUUGAGAAGUUGGUUGGGUGAUUUCAGAUUUUGGUUUAGGAAAUCGGUUUCUUUUUUGUUUUAUUUUUAAAAUUAGUAUAUACUCAUAAAUACUUAUUCAAAUGGAGCGAUGAUAUGAUAGUACUCCCCUUUGUGAA